AUGUGGUGGCAUCUCCAAAAUCUUGGAUAUGUGACACUGCUGACACUAGAUGAACUACAACAUGAUAAAUUUAUCUUAACAUUAGACCUUCGUUCUGGUUAUUGGCAAGUUGAAAUGGACGCAUCAAGUAAACCACUCACGGCAUUCGUCACACACAAAGGAUUAUUUGAAUGCACAGUAAUGCCUUUUGGACUUACGAACGCACCGACUACAUUUCAACGCCUUAUGAAUAUUGUACUGGCUGGGCUGAAAUGGCAAUGCUGUUUAGUAUACCUCGACGAUAUUAUCGUCUAUUCUUCAACAUUUAAACAACACAUUAAGGAUCUCCGAAAAGUUUUCUUAGCUCUUGUUGGUGCCAAUUUGACGCUCAAGGCUUCAAAAUGUAACUUCUGUCGACGCGAAAUGAAACUUCUCUGGCACCUUAUUACUCCAGAUGGUAUUAAACCAGAUCUUGGGUUGAUCGCUACGAUCGAAAAAUGCGCUCGACCAACAAAUAUUAAAGGAGUUCAAGCUUUUCUCGGACUUACUGGCUACUAUCGCCGAACCUCUCCUUAA